AUGUCUGCAGAUCCUUCAAGAAGAAUGGUACUUGGUCAUGGCAGUACACUAAGGGAGUUGGCAGCUCCUGAUGAUUCACAUCAACCUCUUUGCAUUGAGUAUCCUGAGUUAGAAGUUGAUUUUGAAUUAAGAUCAGGUAUUAUACACUUGUUGCCUAAAUUUCAUGGGCAUUCAGGUGAGGAUCCAAAUCGACACCUGCAGGAAUUCCAUGUGGUAUGCUCUAUAAUGAAACCUCAGGGAAUUUCGGAGGACGAUAUUAAACUGAGAGCAUUUCCAUUUCCUUUGGCUGAUGCAGCUAAAGACUGGCUAUUCUAUUUACCUUCAGGGACUAUUACUUGUUGGAGUGAUAUGAGGAGAGUAUUUCUGGAUAAAUUUUUUCCUGCAUAUAGAACAGCAGCGAUUAAGAAAAGCAUUUGUGGAAUUCAGCAAACUACUGGUGAAACACUUCAUGAAUAUUGGGAAAGAUUUAAAAGGUUAUGCGGAAGCUGUCCACAACAUCAAAUAAGUGAUCAAUUGUUAAUUCAAUAUUUCUAUGAAGGGUUAUUGCUCAUGGAUAGGAGCAUGAUAGAUGCUGCUAGUGGAGGAGCUUUGGUGAAUAAGACACCUAAUGAUGCUAGGGAGUUGAUAGAAACUAUGGCAGCAAAUUACCAGCAAUUUGGUACAAGACCUAUGGUAGAAAGGGGUGUUCAUGAAGCCCAGAUUUUACAACCAGGACAGAGUAGAAUUGAGAGUAGAUUAGAGGAAAUGUUGAAUAGAAUUGAGUUGGCAGCAGCUCAGAUGACAGUGAAUCAGCAAUUUCCACAGCAAGUUGUGGAGCCUAUUUUGCAAUCAGAUGGAUGCAAUUCAGCGGCUGAGCAAUCUGUAGCAGCAGCUAGAGUCUUCCCUAAUCGUCCACAAUAUCAGCAAGGAUGGAGAGAUCAUCCAAAUCUGAGGUAUGGAAAUAUUUCAGCUGCUCAGCAGCCUUUUCCACAACAAAUUCAUAAUAACAAUUUUUCAGGAAAUCAGAGACCACCAGGGUUUUACAAUAGCACAGUUCCGAACAGAAUACAACCACUUCAGCAGUUUCAGCAACCUUGUACUCAUUCAAUUCAGCAACAACAGAGGACUGAUGCAGCAUUACAAAACAUUGAAAGACAAGAAGAUUCAGCUGAGCGUUCAGGAGAUUUGGAUUCAGAUUUGCAGAUUAAAUUUGGUUCUGUUCCUCAAUCCGUCGCAGUGCAGAUUCCAGUGGUGGAACAGAAGCAGACAGAGAUUCAGCUACCAUUCCCUCAAAGGUUGGUAAAACCUGGGAAGGGUAAGGCUAUUGAAAAGUCUAGAGAAUUUCAAGAGAUGAUGGAAAUUUUUAGUAGAGUAGAAGUAAACAUCCCUCUACUGAAAGCAAUCAAACACAUUCCAAAGUACACAAAAUUUCUGAAGGAUCUAUGUGUUAAUAAGAAGAAGCUUAAGGGUGAUGAGCUGGUUAGUGCAGGGGAAAGUGUUUCUGCAUUAUUUCAGGCUAUGCCACAAAAAUGCAGGGAUCCAGGAGUUUUUACUAUUCCGUGUAAAAUUGGAGAAAAUUGUUUUGAAGAUGCUAUGGUGGAUCUUGGGGCAUCCAUUAAUGUAAUGCCGAAAUUUGUGUUUCAGGCUCUUGGAAUUGGUCCUCUUCAACCAACAGGGGCUGUGAUCCAAUUGGCAAACCGAAGUUUUGCUCAUCCAGUAGGAGUGAUUGAAGAUGUGUUGGUCAAGGUUAAGGAAUUAAUUUUCCCUGCAGAUUUCUAUGUUUUGGAUAUGGAGGGUGAUGCCUUAUCAAGUCAUGUGCUAAUUAUUUUGGGAAGACCAUUUUUGAAGACAGCAAAGACUAAAAUUGAUGUUCAUGCUGGAACUUUGUCAAUGGAAUUUGGUGAAACUAUAGUUCGGUAUAUCAUUUUGGAUGCUAUGAAAUAUCCAGUAGAGGAUCACUCUUUGUUGAGUAUAGAGUUAUUUGAUGAACUGGAAGAUAGGUUAGAUGGUUACUUGCUGGAAUGUGCUGCUCUUUUUAAUAACUCUGGGGAUGAUUUGAGUACAGAAUGCAGUGACAGUUUGGAUCAGUAUGUUUCUACUUCAGAGACAAAGGACUAUGAGGGAGUCUGUGUAGUUGAGGUUGAAUCUGGAAAAGCACUUCCUUCUGUUUUGCAGCCACCAAAGUUGGAGUUGAAAGUUCUUCCGAGCCAUUUGAAAUAUGCUUAUUUAAGGAAGGAUGAACAACUACCAGUUAUUAUUUCCAAAGAUCUUGAUGUUGUAUAG